UUUGGUUUUUGGUGGAUAUACGCCUUUCUGAUUUUCAUAUUUGUUUUUAUUCCCUUCCCGUUUUUUUUAAUUGUUGGUUUCCCUCUUCCUGUUUUUUUUUCCACUAUGGAGUUUCUUGUUGGACCUUGGAAUAAAGAUUGGGCUUCAUUCUUGCAAUUUUGGUUGACUGUCAUACUAAGCCUCCAAAUGCAAUUCAGCCCGGGUGCCUCUUGCCCAGAAGAGUGUCGUUGUGACCAAAUGUUUGUGUACUGCAACGAACGCACCCUGACAUCAGUGCCUCUGGGGAUACAGGAGGGCUUCAAGGUCCUCUACUUACAUAACAACCAGAUCAACAAUGCUGGCUUCCCUUUGGAACUUCACAAUCUGGUCUCUGUGGAGACUGUAUAUCUCUACGGCAACCAGCUGGACGAGUUUCCCAUCAAUCUGCCCAAAAACACCAGGGUACUGCAUCUGCAGGAGAACAAUAUCCAAACGAUCUCCAGGGCAGCCCUGGCCCAACUGACUCGAUUAGAGGAGCUGCACCUUGAUGAUAAUUCUAUCUCCACAGUGGGGGUGGAGGAAGGGGCCUUUAGGGAGGCAGUAAGCCUCAAACUCCUCUUCCUCACCAAGAACCACUUAAGCAGUGUUCCCAUUGGCCUUCCUGAGGACCUGAAAGAGCUGAGAUUGGACGAGAACCGCAUUGCUGUCAUUGCGGAGGAGGCCUUUCAGAAUGUGACACGCCUGCAGCGCCUCCUGCUGGACGGGAACCUGUUGACGGAUGAGGGCAUUGCACCAGGGACCUUCCAGGAGCUGUCCAACCUCCGUGAGCUGGCCCUGGCUCGUAAUUCACUCACGUUCCCCCCUCCCCUUUUACCCAGCCAGUCACUGGUCAAACUCAGCCUGCAGGAGAACCAGAUCAACCAGAUUCCUGUGGCGGCCUUUGCUGACCUAAACAGGCUAGAAAGACUGGAUAUCUCCAGCAACCAGCUCCAGACUCUUACACAGGGUAUAUUUGACAGCUUGUCAAGCCUAAGGCAUCUCAUGGUGCGAAGUAACCCCUGGCGAUGUGACUGUGCUGUCAAAUGGGUGGUGGUGUGGCUGAAGUCAUUGCCUUCCUCCAUCAAUGCCCGAGGGUUUGUGUGCCAGAGUCCAGACAAGGUGCGUGGUAUGGCAAUCAGAGAGCUCACGCUGGAUAUUAUCGAGUGCCCGGUUGAUGCAGACCUACCGCCAUGGCCCACCCUCCGCUCUACGCCUCCUCCCCCACCCACCACCACCCCUAUCACCACCAUAAUUUCCACCAUCAUCACCACAUCCAUUCCUUACUACUUUGACUCACCCUCCCCUCCCUUACCCCCGAUCCAUCACAAUCCUCCUGGGCCCUUGCCUCCUUAUGAGGACCCCCUUCAGAUCUCCUUCCAUGUGGUCAACUCCACUAGUAUCGAGGUGAGCUGGGCUUCCUAUUUCACCGUCACCGCCUACAAGGUCACUUGGGUCAAAAGGGGCCAAAGCCAAAUAAAUGGAGGAAUGCGGGAGAGGACAGUGAGCGGGGAUCGACGGCAUAUCAGCCUCACCAACCUGGAGCCUCGGUCUGUGUACCGGAUCUGUGUGCAUGUGCUGGACACACAUAACUCCUACAGGCCUGGAGAGGAUACUAUAUGCUCUGAGGCCAGGACCAAGUCGGCUUUGCCUACUAAGUCUCCCGGUUCAGCCCAAGCGCCUCAGGAGAGCAUCAACUCCACGCUUCUUAUGGCCGGCAUCAUAGGUGGAGCGGUGCUUAUCAUCUUGGUAACGCUACUCAGCCUGUUCUGCUGGCACAUGCACAGGAAGAGCCGGUCAGCUUCGAACAAGUGGAAAUACAACCGGGGCAGGAGAAAAGAUGACUACUGUGAGGCUGGAACCAAGAAGGAUAACUCCAUUCUGGAGAUGACUGAAACCAGUUUUCAGAUAGUGGCGCUGAACAAUGAGCAGCUGCUCAAGGGAGAUUUCCGCAUUCAGCCCAUCUAUACGCCCAAUGGGGGAAUUGGAUUUAGAGACUGUCACCUCAGUAACAACAGCAUAGCCUACUGCAAAAGCAGCAACGUGCCCAGUACAGAGUUCUGCCACACGUGA